AUGGUUGAAUACCGUGCUCCUCACUACCAGUUCCCUCAAAGACCCCUCGGCCCAGCCUUCUACCCUUCACCUUCAACAAAGAGCCUCACCAUCAAUCCCAACCUCGCGCCAGCUCCAAAUCCGUACGACCCACAGUCUGCUUCUUCGCAAGGCUCUUACAACACCCACGCUCGUCGCCGGACCUCCUCUUCAGGCGCCUUACCGGCUGACAGCUACCCCGCCAACUACAACCCUGGCUACAGCAACGCCGCAAACAACGGAAAUAACUUUCAAACCGUCACAUACUUGAGCCGUCGUUCAGGCUCAAAUUCUACAACCUCAAGCAACAGCUCAAGCAACGGAAGAAUGGAUCAAACUGUCCCGAUCACUCUGCGACGCUCAGGGAGCAACCAUACCGCCAGCUCAAUUGCAACAACAUCUUCAAACGCCUAUGUAACUUACCUCCGGCGGCAGAAGGCCACAGUUUGGUGCGACAAAUCGCAAUAUGAAGAUCCGCGCCUGGUGGCCGCACAGAGAGCUGCAAAGCUUCGCGCAGCUAUGGAAGUUGUUGGAUCGUCGACAGGGACAUAUCUAAGCGCGGGCUACAACCAGCACGGUCUUGGGUCUGGAAGCGGGUCCGCUGCAUCUUCUCUAAACGCUGGCCGAAGUGGGAAAUUAGGAAGAAGCACCAACCACGUAGCUUCAACUGUCAAGAAAGCUUGGGGUGGAAGCGCUGAACCCGGUAUUGCGAAUGGGGCUCUCCCGAGUGGUAUUCCUUCUCGGUUGUCAGCCACAGAGGUUCUCGGUGACGAGGAUGAGGAUGAGACAUUCAUCGUUGGCCCCGGUCUUAAUAAGCGAUCUGGAUCCGGUAAAUCGUCGCUGAAUUCGAAUCAUCGAAAAACAAACCGUAGUUCUUCAAUACGCUCAGACACAAAUAGGACAUCCUCCAUCUAUGGAAAUAACGUUGGGCGGCCGCAUAGAAACUCAAGUGGGAGCACACCGAGUUACUCGCCCACCUCAUCAAUAGCAGAGUCCCAGGAAGGAAAUAAGCCGAAGAAUUCCGGCUCACACAGUCCUCCAGGCCGAUCUGAAUACCGGAAUACCUAUGACCACAGCUACCACAACGCCGGAAUCCCAAGAAGAGACAAUACAGUCAGGCGAAGAGGCAGUUUAAACGAGGAAGAUGUGGUGCGAACAAUGACCAUGAGCGGUGUGCGGUUGUUUGUAGCCAAUCCAGACGUGUAG